AGUGAGCCGAAGACUCCUCAAAACACAAUUGGUCCUACCUAAAGUUCAAGAUUCUAAGGUCGAGUUUGUUGGUAUCACUCAGGGCAACAGAUAUGGGAUUUUCUCCUCUUUGCAGCGUCUCAGUUAUUUUGUUGGUGUACGUCAUUCAGAUUCAAGCGUUACUGCUUCCUCGUAACGAAGUACAUGUUCGUCGAGAGACACAAAAAUUUAAGCUCACCAUUACAGAGAAGGGAACAAGAUUUGAUGAGAAAGUCGAGAUCAACGAAGAUGAGCAGAUUGCUUAUUUCAAUGUUCCUCCUCAUAACGGUUUGCCAGAGAAUGAAGAACUUUUCGACUACAGAAUGAACGUCACCGUUCGUCGUUCCAAAAGUGAUGGGGCUUGCUACCUCAAACCUUUACCAGAAGACUUACCAAGACCAAAGGAUCUGGAUACUGGUCUCACACAGGCUUUAAAUCGUCCCACCAAUUACAAGAUCUCGACAGUUUCCAAAAAGUGGAUCAUUGCUGGAGAAGUGGAGAAGGUCUUCCUCAGGAAGGAGAUCGCAGAAUUCUGUGACCAGUACCCAGUCUACCGACUGAGGGAAUAUAUUGAAGAAAAAAAGCUGCAAUUUUAA